AUGUUGAGGACGUUUUGCUCGAGUGCGCAAAGCCAGGUCAUGGACAUAGAUGUUACUGUAGCCAAAGAUGGGUCAGGGAACUUCUCGACCAUUCAAGAGGCAAUCGAACAUGCUCCAAGCUUCAGUCCACGGAGAUACAAAAUACAGAUCGGUGAGGGUCUCUACGGGGAGUACAUAGUAGUGUCUAAAAAGAAGACAAAUCUUAUGCUGGUUGGAGCCGGGAUGGACAAGACUAUCAUAUCAGGCAACAGAACCACUGCUAUUGGACCCUACGAACAUACUUAUCAAACAGCAACAGCAGCAAUAGAAGGUCAAGGAUUUGUCGGCUUGCAUAUCACUGUUGCAAAUGCAGCUGGAAAGCAAUAUCCCCAGGCUGUGGCAUUAAGAAUUGAUGCAAACUACUCGGCCUUCUACAAUUGUCGAUUCCGAGGGAAUGAAGACACUCUUUUCACUAGACAAGGGUACCAAUUUUACAGGGAGUGCGAAAUCUAAGGCACUGUAGAUUUCAUUUUUGGAGAUUCAACUGUAGUACUCCAAAACUGUUUCAUCUACCCACUCCAGCCUCUUGUGCAGAAAAAGAAUACAAUAACGGCCCACAAGAGAGAGCAGCCAUACGAACAAACUGGUAUAAUCAUUCAUAACUGGACAAUAAGAGCUGCACAGGAACUACUUCAGCAGGAUUCAAAGUUUACGACCUUUUUGGGAAGGCCAUGGGGGAAUAUGUCAAGAACAAUCAUAAUGCAAAGUUUUCUUGAUGAUCUGAUCAACCCCAAGGGUUGGCUGGAGUGGGAAAGCCCACCCCACAGUGUCGAUAAAGUGGACUAUGCUGAGUUUAAAAAUCGAGGGCCAGGAGCCAAUACAGCAGGUAGGGUGCAUUGGUCAAGAGUGAUCAAUAGCUCCAGUGAAGCAACCAAGUAUACUGUCAAAAAUUUUAUCAAGGGGGACAAAUGGAUUCCUGCAGAAAUUCCAUAUUUUCCGGGCUUAAUGUAAAUUCGUGUUGUAUCUUUUCAAUGAAUAACACAGCAACUGGAUGCAGGGAAUUACACUUUCCUAGUAUUUCAUUAUACACAGUUCCAACAAGUAAAAUCAAUGGGGUUUAUACUUUAAUAAUAUUUUUUUUUUGAAAAGGGGUUUAUAAUUGAAUACAGUACUUGGAAAACCAAUCCACUUAUGGGUGACGUUAUGGAAUUUUGAUGGAUAUUUACAGAGGUACAAGUAUAAGAAUGGGAUUUAUAAUUGUAAAAUCAAAAGAACAAAAUACUUGGAAACCAAACCACCUGUGAAACAGAAAAAUCAAAUGAUGAGGGGUGAGGCCAAGAUUUCGUCCUGGUGGAAGUAACAAUCCACUAGAAAGUUGGAACACAACCAGAACCCAUAGUAAGUGACUGAAAAAAAAAAAAACUACUGCAUAUAACUAUAUCAAGAGAGGGAAUACUCUAUGCUAACAUGAAAUCAUACGUACUAUUCUUUGAUAGUUCUUUUCUAAUAGCACAUCUAUAGUUCAUGGAAAAACUAUGUUUGGUUAUGCCCUACAAAUGCUCUCGAGUCUUAACCAGACCCAGUUAUCUAGCAAGCAUUUUGAAAAGAAGCCCAUAUCUCCUAAACCAGAGCAGACUACGGCAAAAAACCAAAAGAAUGCAGCUAUGAAGAAAAGGUUCAGCAGUCUCCAGCCAAUCCCCUCCCUCUUUUAUAAGUCCAGGGUUAAAUGAAAUAGAUGGGGUGGAUGACUCAAAUGCAAGUCGACGAAAAAGAUGUGGCAGAUGACUAAAAUACAAGUGACUAUCGACAAAACUUUAAUCUAUGCAUUCGGAGAGAACAUUUCAGAUAUUUCACAAAAAGUAUUCUGAAGAUAACAGGAGGUUGAGAAGUUCCAAAGCGAGAGGAGGGUGAUGUUUUUCAAAAAGAAAACUAGAAUUUAACAACCUGCACCACCCAAAUAAUAUAUCGACUCUAACGCAAUGCAUGAGCUCAUACUUGCAUUGAAUUAUAGUAUAUCGUAUGUACAAUGCUUUAUGUUAGUAACUGCUUCUCAUCGUAUGAUAUGUUGACUAUAGAAACCUAGAUCAUAUAGAAAGUGCCAUUUUUCAUUCGAAUGCGCCUUUUUCUUGGCCACAAACCCAUCUUUGAUUGAGCAACUCAAAAAUGUUAUCCUUUUCUUUUGAGAGGUCACAAGCUUCUCUCUUCAAACUAUUUGUCCAAAGUUAUGAUGUCAUUGCUCCUUAAAUAUUGGGUGUCUAAGGAGUGGAUGAAAAAUGGACUUGGUUGAAAGCUUAUAUUUCAAGUUUAGGAACAGAGACAUGUCCUAGCAUCCUAUUGAGAAUGGGACGUAAAGGGAAAGGAAAGGUAGGUUGUUUCUAUUGCCAUAUCACCCUGUUGUAUCGCAAAUUACACACGGCCAUAAAGAUCAUUUUUUCUAUCUAAGAUGUGCAUCUCUUUCUCUAAACAGGCCUGGGAAUUCCCUUCAUCAACCAAAAAUUACACUUCUUUCUCCCUAAAAGUGUGAAGCACUCUUUUCGGGGACAGAUGAAAGACAUUCAACUAAUACCUUAAAAACAAUACAGCACGCCAUUAUAUGGAUUUCAAUUGCAGGAAUAGGUAAUCAAGUGCUAAUUGCAAUUCUGCUGUACCUUCUUUUGCCACCCUAAACCGUAAACGUAAAGGAUAUGAAAUUAUGAGAGGGGAAUAAAUAGAAGCACAAUUUUAAGGUUCAAUGGACAACCUCUAUCAUUUGAAAGAGAGGCCGUCGCACAGCAUUGUAGCACCAAUAUGAAUUGUGACAUUAGCAGCACCCAAUGUAGAUAUAGAAAUAGAUAGACGGUGCUAAGGAGAUCUGCGAAUUGGUGCAUGUUAAGCAAAAUAUAACAAAUGACAAUUAUGUGGAAAUCUACAUGCCAUUUUUACUUUUGCCAAGGAGAAAUACAACUUAGUGCAAUUUAAGCAAAAUUGACACUAUAAUACGUGUAAGUUGUAAUGAGCGGGUGAGAUAGGGAUUUGUCUCAUAUUUUGGUAAAUUUCUUGAUGCUUCUGCAUUCAAAUACUUGAUCGAAAUGGCUAGAGAGUUGUCAGCCAAUUCCCACGCAGUAUGAAAUCAUGAGCCAGAAACAUGAUCAUAAGGAGCUAUAUAUCAUGGGGUUCAGAGUUAUGAGGGAAGAACAAUGGGUAAUAGAAAAAUGGUAUGAUUCAUUUAUUUAUUGAAUGUUGUAAAGGAGGAAGGAAAAUGGAUAACAGAGACUCAGAGAGAGUCUCAACCAAGAGAGUCAACAAUCUCAAUAACAAGUCCCGCUAAAUCUCCCAAAACAUCAUUUUCCACUGUUAAUGGCGAUUUUCUCUUGUCUGGUCCGUCAGUAAAUGUAUCCUCACAAUCUUGAGCCUCAGUAACAAGGUCAGCGGCUACUCCUUUAACUGCAAAUAUAUCUGAGCCCACAUUCUUAAUGGCCUUAAAUAUAUCAUCAAGAGCACUUGCAUACUCCAAGGCACAGUUUUCGAGAGCUCCUAUUAGAACAGCAUCAUUUGUCUUUUUGAGUAGCACGUUUACUUGGUUGAGAGUAGCAGUUGCUUUAACCGCUGUAGCAUAAAACAUGAUACGAGCAAGCCCUUUAACAUCUGUAGCUAAGCUACUAGGGUUUGAUCUUAGAGUUGAAAUGCAAAGAUAUGGAUAUAGAGUUUUCUUGCAUGGGUCGCCAAUUAAAUCAGCCUGUGAAUGGCAGCUUAGAGUGAAGAGGAGAGAAAGAAAAAGAAGUGACAUUCUUGUCAAGGUGACAGAUAUGUCCAUUCCUUUACAAGGCA